AUGGGGUCGGAGAGUGGAUCGCUGAGCGAGGAGCUCAGCUGCAGCGGCUGCUGGAGCCCCGCCGAUGGCUCGCCCGGCAGCGAUGAUGAUGGGUCGGGCGGGAGCUGCAAGCUGUUCCUGUUCAACCUGGCGCGCAGCGUGACGGACGAAGACCUGCAGCCCUUGUUCGCUCCCUUUGCGCCGCUGUACUCAUGUGUGGCGCUGGGCAAGAAGGGCACCAGUCGUCGCUUCGGCUUUGCCAAGUUUGGCAGCCAGGCGGCAGCGCAGGCUGCGCUGGACACGCUGCGCGGCACCCAGCUGCAUGGCAAGGAAAUCGACUUGAAGUUUGCUGUGGCCCUGGGCGAGCCCGACCCCGCGCAGGGCGUGGCGCCCAAGCAGCGCGCCAAGCUGCGGCUGCAGCCGGCCGGCCCGGCAGCUGAGCGGCUGCCGGCAGCUGGGCCAGCGGCUCUGGAAGCGCCCCCCCAUCCGCUGGAUGCCCCGCCACCCAUGCAGCACAUGCUGGUGGUGCGCCACGCCCCAGGCCUCAGCCACGCCACCAUCGUCCAGCUGGCGUGGUGCUUCCAACCCCUCAACAUCAGCACCAGCGUGGACGCGGCAGGCGCGGAGACGUCCUCCCUGGUGUUUGGGCUGCUGCAGCAGGCGCAGGCUGCGCAGGAGGCCGUGCUGCGGCGGGGCGCGGAGGCUGGCUACACGCCCGCCUCGGGUCUCAUCUCCAUCCCUCUGCACCAGGCUGCCGCCGCCAUCGCACCAGAGCCGGCGGCGCCGCAGCUGCCCAGCAUGCAGCAGCAGCGUGAGGCGGUGACCAUGCGGCCGCUGUACGCGGGGCCUCGCCCACCGCACCUGAGGCCGCCCUACCUGCUGCCGCCCGGCUACCCAUACCCUCCAUGGAUGCAGCCAGGCCCAGGGCCCCGGCCCACCACUGGGCCGCCGAUGCCUGGCGGGCCCCAGCCCGAAACGCUCGAGAGCCCCGCAACCCAGAAGGGCCUCAACCCAGCUGCCGCCUCCUUCUCGCCCACCAAAGGCCGCGCAGCGCGGGCUGCCGGGGCGCAGGCCCAGCCCGCAGCCGCCUGCAGCGGCGGCAGCGGCGGCGCAGUGCCUCCCGUGGCGAUGCCUCCCGUGAUCCACAGCAUAUUCAACAGCAUAGAGGCGGCGCUGGCGGGGCGCUCCUUUGUGCCUGCCUGGGACCGACUGCAAGCAGAGUGCGCCGCCCACCCGGGCCGCCCGCUGGUCACGGCAGAGGCCGUGGAAUAUGAGUCGGGCACAGAGGACGAGGGUGACUGUCCCCCUGAUCCGAGGGAGGUGUUUGCCGCCGUGGCAUCCUGCAACCUCAACGCCUGCUUCGUCACGCGCAGCCUCAUGCGGCGGCUGGCCCACGUGGAGGUGCUGCUCAAGGCGACGGUGGUGGGGGACCCGGGCGCCGCUCCCAGCGUGCUGGUCGGGGCGGUGGUGCGGGCCUACAAGCUGCGCCAGGUGCAGUCCACCUUCAUCAAGCCGGAGAGCGGGCGCCUCAUGCUUGUGCUGCAUGACGUGAACAGCCCCAUCCCGGCAGACCAUAUCUCAAACACCAACCCGCUGCUGCCCGGGGCGCCGCCCGGCAAUGCCGCCGAGGGCGAGGUGCUGGAGCUGGCGGCCAAGCUGGCCUUCCACGGUCGCCGCCUGUUCCGUCACGAGGCGAGCGCUGCGCCUGCGCCUGCUCUGCACUGCCCGCUGUGGCCUGUCGCCGCCACCGCCUGGCGCCUGCAGUUUGCAGAGUACUGGGCCAAGGAGCAGGGGGCCAAGACCGGGGAUGAGCUGAGGCUGGCCGCCGCGCAGCUGCGGGCGAUGCUGGGGGAUGAGGACGAGAUCAAGUGGCGGCGCAGGGGCGUGAUCGGCCUGGACCUGGCCCAAGAGGCGGCGGCGGUGGCCGCCGCCUUCCGCCUGCCCUGGAACGCCGCUGCCAGCUGGAUGGCGCAGCAGGGCCCUGAGCUGGCGCCCGCGGCCUGCCCCCCAGGGGGCACCCCCGGCAGCUCUGACGUCACUGGAGAGUAUCAGACCCGCCCACCCGUCAGUGAGGUGCUUGGCCCGCAGCACGAUGAUGCCUGCCGGGCUCCCGGCGGGGCCGCAUGCCGCAGCCUGCUGCGGGGCGCGGCCGACCCUCGGCAGCACGCACGCUACAUGGCGGCAGCCUAUAGAGGCUGCAACCCUGCGCAGCAGGAGUGCGAGCCUGCGGCGCAGCAGGCGGCGCGACCUGGCGGCCAGCUGGCCUCACAUGGCGCCCACCCCAGCGGGGCGGCAGCUGCGUCCGACAGCUCCAGCGCCGGCAGCAGCGCCACCGGCGCCAGCGAGGCUGCCAGCCUGGACGGCGGCGAUGCCGCUGAGCUGGCAGAGGAGGAGGAGCGCCUGCUGGCAGAGGCCUCUUCCACCUUCAGCGGAGCCGCCCUGCCCGAGUACUUUCCACCCGGCCUGGCAGGGCAGGGCCCUCGUCCUCCUGCCGCCUUCCCCAACCCGCACAAGCAUGGCCCUGGCGGCGCGGAGAACAGUGACAGCCAGGCCCGCAGCGCUGCGGGCAGCAUGGCCAGGGUGGCUGGCAAGGUCGCUGCGGUGGCACAGGUGGCGGCCUCUCUGGAGAGGGCCGGCAGCGGCCGCAUCGCCGCGCUGCACACCCGCCAGUGA